AAAGCUCUAAAGUAGUUCGAGGCGCUCUCGUUCUAUCCUGACCGCCUAAUAGAGAAGCUGUAUUUUCUUUCGAUAGUGAAAACACCAGCGAAGAACGGAAGAGAAAUAACGGGAAGAAGAACACAGACUGUGCGCUUCUGUUCAGAAACCCGGCAACCAUGGGAGCUGUUCUGGGGGCAUUUUCUUUUGCAAGCUGGGUGCCGUGCCUGUGCAGCAGUGCUACGUGCCUGAUGUGUAGCUGCUGUCCGAGCAUCAGAAACUCCACGGUGACCAGGAUCAUCUAUGCCUUUAUAAUGCUGAUAGGCACCAUCGUUGCCUGCAUCAUGCUGUCACCGGGUGUGGAUCGGCAGCUCAAAAGGAUCCCAGGCUUUUGUGAGGAUGGGGCAGGUUCGUCUGUCCGUGGUCUACAGGCGGAUGUCAAGUGUGAGAUGUUUGUGGGGUACCAAGCAGUCUACCGUAUAUGCUUUGGAAUGAGUAUGUGGUUCUUGGGGUUCUCCGUUCUCAUGAUAAACAUAAAGAACAGCAGAGAUCCACGUGCUGCUAUCCACAAUGGAUUUUGGUUCUUUAAGUUUGCUGCCUUGGUGGCAAUUACAGUUGGUGCUUUUUACAUCCCUGAAGGGCCUUUCACCUACAUAUGGUUUGUCAUAGGCUCUGGUGGAGCCUUCUUUUUCAUUCUGAUUCAACUGGUGCUGCUGGUGGACUUUGCCCACUCCUGGAAUGAGUCCUGGGUUGACAAGAUGGAGAAUGGCAACUCCAGAGGCUGGUAUGCAGCUCUACUGGCUGUCACGAUCCUGAACUACAUCCUGUCAUUAACAGCUGUUGUGCUGUUCUUUGUCUUCUACACGAAACCCAAUGAAUGCUUCAUCAACAAAUUCUUCAUCAGCUUCAACAUGUUGCUCUGCAUCGUUGCCUCUGUUGUCUCAGUCCUGCCAAAAGUCCAGGAGUCUCAACCUCAUUCAGGUCUACUACAGUCUUCUUUCAUCACCUUGUACACUAUGUUUCUAACCUGGUCUGCCAUGACCAAUGAGCCUGACCGGGAAUGCAACCCCAGCCUGUUGAGUAUCUUCCAGCAGAUCGCAGCCCCGACCCUGGGCCCUAUAGAGACCGAGAACCAGACAGCCACCAUGGCAAUGAUUACCACAAUCACUGGGACAGAAAAACCUGCCUUUACAUCUCCAUACCUGCAGUGGUGGGAUGCUCAGAGCGUCGUGGGCCUCAUUAUAUUUAUCUUGUGCAUCCUGUAUUCCAGUCUCAGAUCAGCACAGCCCUGCCCUCCAGCACCAUCAGCAGCAGGAGCAGCAGAAACCCCUCAACAGCAACAUUGUACCCAUCAGUGAAGCUUAAGACCCUUUUGGACGGAACAUGAACUCUAAACAAGCACAGUUAUGCUUUGUGUAUGAAAUCAACUCAACCUGUCAAUAGAGACAUCACUGUUAUCACAAACAUAUUCAAUACUAUUAAAAUAAUACUGUACAACAUGUUAUUAAUGCAGUCAUCAUAAGACAGAUUAUAUCAUAGCAAUAAAAGAAUCUCUAAAUCCCAAAUCCCAACAGGUCCUGCUUUUAAAUCUUCCCUGACUUUCCCUUCGAGUUCUGCUUUCUUAGUACAGUAAUUAGGUCCUCCUAAUCCCAUUACAUCUGCCAUAUUGAUUCCUUCAUGUGUAAGUAUCAGAUUUCGAGCAUCUAAAACUUUACUCAGUCUCUGUUGUGCUAAUGAUGUCAUAGUGAACGCCUGCAAGUUCACAUAAGCCACCACACUAUGUGUAGUCAGAACUUUUAGUGAGUGUUCUCUCCCUACAUGUGCUGUUUCCUAUUAUUUUGGCAACCCCUGCUGCAUGCUGUGCGCAUUUAGGGUGCCUUGCUUCUGUUGGACUCAACCUUAUGUUAACCUACAUAAGUACCUGUCUUAAGAGCGACCUCUGCACAGCUCAGACGCCAGUUGCAAGAGCUCUCUAACAUUAGAAUCAUCAGCUGUGACUUAUAUAGUGUUAUUUCGGUAUUUUAUACUUCACACAUUUUGAAUGUUGUUUAUAUGGGGAGUUCCUCUUUUUGUGUCUAUAUUUAUUAAUAUGCCUUGUGCACUAAAACGUCCUGUUUUUUCAGUCUGGCUGAGCACUUGUUUGUGAGUGAAAGGUGGCCUUGCUCUACAAGCCAGCCUUCAUUAUUAAAGUACAUAAAACAAGAUAAUGGGCAGGUUCAUAUUAAAAAUAUAGCUUUUAUUCCUAACACCAGUCCCCGUUUUUUCAUUUCUCCCCUGAGAAAUGAACUAAUUCCUGGUUUAUGACAUUUAAGUUUACUUCAAUACAUUCCCAUUUAAUUUUAUUUAUAUAGCGCCAAAUCACAACAAAAAUUGCCUCAAGGUGCUUCAUAUAUACAGAGAAAAACCCACCAAUCUUGUGACCCCCUAUUGAGCCAGCACUUUGGCAACAGUGUGAAGGAAAAACUCCCUUUUAACAGGAAGAAACCUCCGGCAGAACCAUGCUCAGGUACGGGCAGCCAUCUGCUGCGACCGCUUUGCGUCAGCUAACAGAGACCUUUUAACAGAGAGACCUAAUAUUUAAUAAUCCACAUUUCAUUAUUUUAUUCUUCGGUUCAAAUUUUUAUUCUGUAUUGUUCUUUAUUUGUUAUUAUUUAUGUUUAGAUUGUUUAUUGCUAGUCUUGGUUUGUUGUUGUCUGUUUGGGAGCUGACAUAGUCUCUAUGGAUAAGCGUCUUUUGGUGGGGUAGCAUCAGGAGAGAAGCUCCAGAGAGGCAUCUUCCAUGUUAAACACUAAAAUAUAACAAAAGAGAUCUCCUCAACGUGUUGUAUAUUUUUAAUGUUUCCUUAUUAUUUUGUCAUAGACUAAAUCAACCAAAUAACUUAAGCUGUGUGACAGCACCUUGCGUUUACGCCGGGCUGUGAACUGCCCUGAAGCUACACCCCCUUUUACCCCAUUUAAUUUCUCAAUCUUACUUUAAACUAUUCCUGACCUUCUCCUUCUCUCAUCUGAUCAUCUCAAGUACGUCCUGUACCAAAUUUGCUUCCUCUUUUCAAGUCCCACAUUUAAUUACAAGCUCUAAUACACUCUGAGCUGAGGUUCCCCUUUCCUAAGUCUGUAUGUUCUACAAGAGAGCAAGUCGGUAAACAAGUUUAUCAUCACAAAGGUUAUUAGGUAAAGGUCACGUAGACAUUUGCUUAGUAACCCUAAAAGAGCAUGUCUUUCAUCCUGUUUUCCUUCUUUCACCCCAACCGGUCGCAGCAGAUGGCCGCCCCUCCCUGAGCCUGGUUCUGCCGGAGGUUUCUUCCUGUUAAAAGGGAGUUUUUCCUUCCCACUGUCGCCAAAGUGCUUGCUCAUAGGGGGUCAUAUGAUAUGAUUGUUGGGUUUUUCUCUGUAUUUAUUAUUGUGCUAUCUACUGUACAAUAUAAAGCGCCUUGAGGCGACUUUUGUUGUGAUUUGGCGCUAUAUAAAUAAAAUUGAAUUGAAUUGAAUUGAAUUGAAUUUCAUGUAGCUAAUCGCAUAUAUUAAGACCCCCCUUUUUGUGACACAUCUCAUGUGUUACAAACUCAAAAUCCUUCACUCAGGUUAGGGAAUUAAAAGAGAAGUUAAUCAUAUCAUAUUAGGUUGUUAAUAGAAUGUUAAAUAUAAUGUCAGUAUUACCUUUUAAUUAUAUAGGUUUACUUAUGGUAGAAUGCUGCAUGUAAUCAUUUGUGUUUAGAAGUAUGUAGUUGAUAGUAUCCUGAAAGGAUGUCUCAUCCUAGGAAGCUUGUGUGCAUUCCAGAGCACUCUGGCUUUCACACCCACAUCCUGGGAGCAUGGGAGAGGUCGUACCUUGUCUUAUUGUUUUAUGGUAGGAUACACGUAUCUAUGUCUGUUUUACUCUAAGUGCAUUUUGUUUAGAUGAACUGCUGGACUUCCAGGCCAGCAGGGUUAGGAAGUCAUUUUAUGACCACACACACACACACACACACGAAGGGUAUUCUUUGUUCACAUGUAUACCUAUAAGAUGUCAUAUGUUAAUGAACCUAUGCAUAUUCAUGUAACCACAAUAAAAGAGCAGUGUUACGGGAGAGCGGACGAGAGCAACUGAGGUCAAGCGAAGGAACAGCGCCUGUCCAGUUCUCUCCCGUGCACGUUAAUUUAUAAAA